CGACAGCCGGAUUCUGAUUCCAAAGGCUCCGUGACGUCACCUCCGUCCACCGGAAACGCCGCUCGAGUUCCAGUCCCAUUAUUCAGCGCGAGAGUCCAGAAAGUCACAUUUUUUCAUUGCGCCGAAUCAAACCUUUCAACUCGGGGCUCGCAAAGUGGCAGAAAUGAGUGCGCUAGCUCGCUGAAAAAGAAACAAAGAAAACAUCCUGGAUCCGCGAGUUAUCGGUUCAUGUAUUGGCAACGAAGCACGGUAGCUCUUUGACAUUUUGGAAACAUUUGGCUGAUUCUUUUCGAUCGCGGACUGCAGGAUGACAACGUCUCUCGUUGAAACGAACAGUCUUGCUCUGGCCGAGUUACAAUUUGGGAAGUCAAGGCUGGAAAGUCUUUUUACUUGAAAAGGCAGGCUGCGGAAGUGAGUGAGAGGGAGGGAGGGAGCGAGCGAGCGAGCGAGCGGCGCGUCUUCCGCCCUAUAAAGAAAGCGGGCUCCCCAGCCCGUCUCUACCUUACUACUCGAGAGCCGGAAGAUCGAAAGCCAUGUCCGCCGCCGACCCGUCGUCAUUCGCGUCCGCCGCCAAGUGCGUGAGUCGCCACCUCAAUUUGAGCCUUCGGGUGGACUUUGACGCCCGCGUCAUCCGGGGUAAAGUGGCGCUGACGCUGGAGGUUCUGGAGGAUCGCUUCUCCUGCCUGACUUUGGACACGCGCGACCUGAAGAUCAUCUCGGUCAGCGCGAACGGGCAGGAGGCCCGCUUCGACACGGGCGCCAAGCACGCCUUCAAGGGGACCCCGCUGGAGAUCACGCUGCCCUUUGAGCUUUCCAGAGGGCAGAACGUGAUCGUGGAGGUGUCCUACGAGACGUCGCCCGGCGCACCCGCGCUGCAGUGGCUCACGCCCCAACAAACGGCGGGAAAGAAGCAUCCCUACCUCUUCAGUCAGUGCCAGGCCCAUCACUGCAGGAGCAUGCUGCCUUGUCAGGACACCCCGGCCGUCAAACACACCUACUACGCUCAGGUGUCGGUGCCCAAAGACUUGGUGGCGGCCAUGAGCGCCGUGAGAGACGGUCGGGAGGCGGACCCCCGAGACGCCGCCCGUGCGGUCUACCGCUUCAGACAAAACGUGGCCGUGCCCUCCUACCUGAUCGCCUUGGUGGUGGGCGCCCUGGAGAGCAGGCAGAUCGGGCCCAGGUCCAGCGUGUGGUCCGAGGCGGAGUACGUGGACCGAGCCGCGUUCGAGUUCUCCGAGACGGAGGCCAUGUUGAAGACGGCCGAGGACUUGGCCGGACCUUACGUUUGGGGCCGUUACGACAUUUUGGUCCUGCCUCCGUCUUUUCCGUACGGCGGCAUGGAAAAUCCUUGCCUCACCUUCGCCACGCCUACCCUGCUGGCCGGGGACAAGUCUCUGUCCAACGUGAUCGCUCACGAGAUCGCGCACAGCUGGACGGGCAACCUGGUGACCAACGAGACCUGGGAGCACUUUUGGCUGAACGAGGGACACACGGUGUACCUGGAGAGGAUGAUCGGCAGGCGUCUGGAAGGGGAGCCCUUCCGCCAAUUCAAGGCCUCGGGGGGCUGGAAGGACCUCCGGGACUCGGUCAGCACCUUCGGGGCGGAGAACCCCCUGACUAACUUGGUCCCCGAUUUGCGGGAAGUGGACCCCGACGACGCCUUCUCGUCCGUCCCGUACGAGAAAGGCUUCGCUCUACUGUACCACCUGGAGGAACUCCUGGGGGGUCCCGAAGUCUUCAUGGGCUUCGUCAAGUCCUACAUCCAGACGUUUGCCUACGGGAGCGUCACCACGGGGCAGUGGAAAGACUUUCUCUUCACAUACUUCAAAGAUAAGGCGGACGUCCUGAACAAGGUGGACUGGAACGCUUGGAUGUUCACGCCCGGGAUGCCGCCGGUGAAGCCGCGCUACGACACCGCGCUGGCGGACGCCUGCGUCGCUCUUUGUCGGAGGUGGACGGAGGCAAAAGAGCGAGACUUGAGCGGCUUCGGCGCGGCGGACGUCGAGCGGUUGUCGUCCCACCAGCUCGUCGAGUUCCUUUCUCUUCUGUUGCAGGAGGAGCCUCUUCCUUUGAGCCACGUGAAGAAGAUGCAGGAGGUCUACGAUCUGGACGCUCGCACCAACUCGGAGGUCCGCUUCAGGUGGCUGCGACUGUGCGUGCGCUCCCGCUGGGAGGAGGCGGUCCCCGCCGCGCUCCGGAUGGCCACCGAGCAGGGCCGGAUGAAAUUUACGCGACCCCUCUUCAGGGAAGUCUUUCACUUUGAAAAAUACCGAGAGGAAGCGGUGCGGGUGUUCCUGGAUAGCCGGGCCGCCAUGCAUCCGGUAACUUCCGGACUGGUCGCCAAAGACCUGAAGGUGACGGCGCAGCCGUAGGACACGGGCCGGCGCCUCCCCCGCCGAUCGUCCCACCCUCUGCUUUCUUUAUUUCCGCAAUUGCACCAGUUUUGUAACGAGAAGCCGGGCUGAGAGUUCCCUUUUUUUUGCUGGCCGACAACACUGGAAUUGAUCUACAACUCAAUAAAUAAAAGGCUUUCAACGAGGAUGUGGCAACAUAAGACUUUCUAAUGCUCAAAAUCAAGCCAAUUGAUCGGCGGUCCGACAAGAUCCCAAUGAAUUCUUUUCCUGCCGAGUGUGCGUGAUCGUCACCGAGUUGGUGUUGUUCUUGUGGAUACUGCAAUGUAAGACUUUUUUUUUUUUAGUCACUUGCCCUAAAUGUUCUUGAAUGGCGUAUCCGUGAACCUUGCGCGAUGUUUUUUGAACCAAAAACAACGAGAGUCGCCUGCAUGUUGAAAAUGAGAUUUAUUAGGGCUGUGACUAUACAGACAAGUCACGGUUCAAUGCGGGUUCAGGACAACAGGAAAAACGAGGCUUUUUUUCUCACAGCAUUUGAAAGAUCAAGUUUGGAAAGCGUUUCACUUCCUAUAUGGGUGAUAUUUUUACAAAGAAAUGUAAAAAGUGUGACCUACAUUUGCUUUGUUUUUAUGAAUGGAAAAACAUCAACACCUUUGAUGUGAAAGAAUGUCAUCACGUGUAGAACAUGAAAAGUAACGGGUGAGUGAGUCACAAUGACUUUUUGGGGGAAAUCACUACCUUUUUUAAAGUAAGAUCAACAAUACUGGUAAGGCGUAGCCUACUCGACUGGGAGACGAGGCAAAAUCCUCGACUCUGACGUGAAAAUCAUCAGAAUGGAGUGCCGAACGAGCAAUUUGAGCUGUAAUAACCAGUCGGAGGCAUUUCUAUUCCAUUCAUUUCAAUUUUCAACGAUGAGGCGCCAGCCCGGCGUCGCUUACGGUCUCGGGUCAGGGCCGAUCCCGUCCGAAGGC